AUGCUGGAUGGCCCGCUGUUCUCCGAGGGGCCCGACAGCCCCCGGGAGCUCCAGGAUGAGGAGUCUGGCAGCUGCCUCUGGGUGCAGAAGUCCAAGCUGUUGGUGAUCGAAGUGAAGACUAUUUCCUGUCAUUAUAGUCGCCGCGCCCCUUCUCGACAGCCCAUGGACUUUCAGGCCAGCCACUGGGCUCGCGGGCCCCAGAACCGCACGUGUAGGCCAAGCCCGGGAUCCCCCGAGCCGCUGCCUCGCCGUCCCUGGGCCUCCAGGGUGCUGCAGGAGGCGACCAACUGGCGGGCGGGGCCUCCGGCCGAGGCCCGAGCCCGGGAGCAAGAGAAAAGGAAAGCGGCGUCGCAGGAACGGGAGGCCAAGGAGACCGAGCGAAAAAGGCGCAAAGCUGGUGGGGCCCGACGAAGCCCCGUGGGUCAGCCGCGCCUGGAGCUCCGGAACGUCCCUCGGGUGGCCCAACCUGCAGGGCUCCCAGUUCUCUCUCGGCCCGGGCGCCUGGGGCAGGUGGGGAGAGCUCGUCCAUCCGCGCAACCGCACAGCGACCCAGGGGCGCCAUGGGCGGGGCCCUGGGGAGGUCGCAGGCCAGGGCCCCCCAGCUAUGAGACUCACCUGCUACUCAGAGGCUCUGCAGGUACGGCCCCACGACGCCGCUGGGACCGGCCACCACCCUACGUGGCUCCACCUUGUUACGAAGGCCCCCACAGGACCUUGGGGACCAAGCGAGGUCCCGAGUUCUCACAGGCACCCAUCUCAUCAGCCCCAACUCCGACCCCCGCCAGGACAGAGGGAGGGCGCACAAAAAAGAAGUUAGACCCUCGAAUCUACCGGGACGUCUUAGGGGCUUGGGGUAUCCGACAGGGGCGAGGUCUCUUAGGGGGAUCUCCAGGCUGUGGAGCGGCCAGAGCGAGGCCAGAGUCUGACAAGAGGGUCAUGGAGAAAAGUCUGGGCCUAGCGGCUGCUGGCCUCAACAAUGGUAGUGACCGCCACUCCCAAGCCAAAACUACAGGUAGCCCAGGCACGGAGAUAGCUCCUUCGAGGUCUGCAACUGCGUCUCCGAGCCCCCCACGUCCAGCUCCCAGGUCCAGGCACCAUCACAAGGGCUCGAGGGAAGGGAAAGAGGGAAGAGAACCUAUCUGGCUGCCCAAAUGCUGGUUUCCUUCCCCUAAAAAGCAGCCASCCCGGCAUAGCCAGACGCUCCCCAGACCCUGGGCUCCAGGAGGCACUGGAUGGAGAGAGUUCCUGGGUCCUAGAGAGGGGACAGGAUCCGAGACCCUGGAGGGUUGGAAGGCGACCCGCCGCGCCCACACCCUGCCUCGCAGUUCCCGGGGUCCCGCUAGUGGAGAAGGUGUCUUUGUCAUUGACGCCACGUGUGUGGUGAUACGGUCCCAGUAUGUUCCCACCUCUCGAACCCAAAAGGUGCAGCUUUUGCCCUCUGGGGAGCCACGCGUGGUGGGAGAAGCUCCCAGGCAACCCAAUCCCUGUAAGGAAGAGGGCGAGGGGUCCGCGGUCUUUCCCUCCAGCGACCAGAAACCGCUACUGAGCAGUCUCCUUUUACACCAGCUGGGCAGGGGGCGCGGGGGCGAAACUGAGGACGGGAAGCCGGGGGAAUCUUCACUGGAGGAGCGCGCCUCCCGCAUCUUGGGGCUCUCGGUAGGCGAAGUAAACCUGCCGGACGCCCCCACGCAGCCAGGUAGCCCAGAGCACCCAACCUUAGGCCCAUCAGCUCUGGGAGGCGCCGGCGGCGCAAAGGGCUUGGAAGUGGCAGUGGUCCCGCGGCGCGCGGGCGGGGGCUGGGCGCGGACCCCGGGGCCCUAUGCCGGGGCCCUGCGGGAAGCCGUGUCCCGCAUCCGCCGCCACACUGCCCCAGACUCGGACUCAGACGAAGCUGAAGAGCUCAGCAUCCAUAGCGGUUCCUCUGAUGGAAGCGACACAGAAACCCCGGGCGCCUCCUGGCGGAAUGAGAGGACCCUGUCGGUGGUUGGGAACGCCCGGCCACGGGAAGGCGGGAAGACAGCAGAGCUGAGCGACAGUGUCCAAGAGAUUCUAGAUGUCAUCAGCCAAACUGAGCAGGCCCUCUUUGGGGCGAGGGAUGCCAAGGGGACCCCACAAGGGAAUAGGGAGAGGCAGUGA